UUUGCCCCUAUUCAUUAUAACAGUCUUUACAGUAGACCAAAUUUGCUUCAUUUAUUCAUUCAGUGGCUUGAGCUUUUCAUAACUCACCCAUCCUUCAAUUUCUUUCAAUUACUCCCAAAGCCUUAUUUCCUAAGGAAUUCAAGAGAGCCAUGGGGAUGUCUUCUUCCUUGAGCCUCUUUCUUCUCCUUGUUCCAUCAAUGGCCAUCACCAUUGGAGCUGUGAACGUAUACAAGGUUGGAGAUAAUGAUGGUUGGCGAGUUCCUGCCGGUAACGACCCUCACUUCUACGAGACUUGGGCUAACAAGAUCAAGUUCCUUGUCGGCGAUUCAAUCGUGUUCGAGUAUCGCAACGACUCAGUCGUCACAGUGAGCAAGAGAGGCUACUACCACUGCAACGAGACUAAGCAUGCUUCAGUGUCCAAAGAUGGAAGCACUGUGUUUUUGCUUGAUAAGCCAGGAUUCUUCUACUUUGCGAGUGGCGAUGCUGAGCGCUGCAAGAAAGGCCAGAGGCUGAUGGUAGACGUUGUGGGCUCGCCAGCUUCCCUCGUCCCCGCACCGUCCCCGCCCCCGAGCGCAGCGGCCUCGCUCACCGUUGCUAUUGGGACGUGGAGUCUCUCACUGGUUUUCCUUCAUUGUUCUAGUUUUCUGUUCUGAUUGUGUGGUCUGCUUCCCUGUUUUUUUUUAUUAUUCAAGUUUUGUUGUUUCAUCAUCAUCAUCGUUAUGCAAUUGCGGUCUCUGAUCAUCUCUUUGUUGCUUAUUCUUAUGAUAGAUUUUCUGACCGCUGCUUUAAUGAAACAACAAAUUUGUUCA